GCAAGGCUCACAUUCUUGGAACGUUAAUAUGUGUAGAGAUGACUGUUUCACAAAAAUGUACUAGAUUUCUGAUCUCAAUCAAGUCGUUUGUCAUACUGGAUGACAAACCACUUCGUGGUUUUCGUUCAUUCCUUGGAUUCGCACUCUUCGUUUUUAACUCUUAACUAUAAUAAACGUCACAUUAACGUCUUCUCGUAGCCUUCAUUUUUCAAUAAAAAAGAACACUGUCAUUAGAUUAGAUCUUGUGAUGUCCCAGUAAAGUGUUCAAGAAGAAAAAUGACUGAAAACGACGUGAGUGCAGCAAAUAAUGUGGCAGCAGUCGCACCUGGGGCCUCAAAUGCUGUGGCGCAAAACGGAGCAGAGCCCCAAAAUGCCCAACAGAGUAGAAUGAAUCAUUUUGUGGAAGUUGCCAAAUCACUAAUAAUCCGGGCAUUUAUCAUGUACUUCAUAUUCUCAUUCUUCAGACAGCCUGCCCCCCAAAAGGUUAAUGAAUCAGGGGCUAAUGUUCCACAAGUAGCUGCUAGGAAUGUCUUUCCAGAAGGAACUGCAAUGAAUCUAUAUGUUUAUCUUUCAGAAAAUGAAAGUGUAGAAAACUACCAUCCUUCAAACCUAUUUUGGUAUAAAGAAGGUUUAACUUAUGGGGACUGGACCUCAGGCAUAUACGGAGAUGGCAGUUAUGUCAUAGAGAAAGAUGUUCCCAUCACUCAGAAUAUGAGAAAUAAUGGUUCACUUUUUCUACAUGCAUUCCUCACAAAGUAUGGGUUCAGUCCUGAUCCUAAUGCCAAAAAUUAUGCAAGCUAUCAGAUGUCUUCUGUCAUGAAGCAGUUGAAUAGGUAUCGCAAAGUGAAACAACCCAACACAAAAAACCUGCUUACUGGUGAGACAGAGCACACAGAUCUGGAUCAAGGGAAAGUUAUUUCACACUGGCAUCCGAAUUUUACUUUGAAUUUGGUGACUGAUCAGAGCCCUUGGACUUAUGGUCAAGUUCCUGCGCCUUUAGAUCAGUAUCUCAAAUUUACAGAUGAUGGAAGGUUGUACAAACCAGUCCUGUUUGCAAACGACUUUUGGAAUAUGGCCAGAGAUUACAAGCCUCUGAAUGAGACGUUCAGGUUGAGAAUAACCUUCCAACCAUUGAGUAUGAUCAAAUGGCAGUUGUAUGCUGCUCAAUACAUGAAGCAGUCUUGGAAUUUAUUCGGGGAUAAUGAACAGGCACACAGUGAUGAAGAGCAAGACACAAUGAAAGAAACGCUUCUGGAUACGAACCCGUACCUCCUAGGCAUCACAGUUCUUGUCUCGAUAGUACACUCAGUAUUCGAAGUGCUCGCUUUCAAAAACGACAUCCAGUUCUGGAACAACAGAAACACACUAGAAGGCCUUUCAGUCAAAUCAGUCUUCUUUGGGGUGUUCCAGUCACUCGUGAUCUUACUGUACGUCCUGGAUAACGAAACUAACACAUUGAUCAGAGUUUCGUGUUUAGUCGGGCUUGGAAUAGAACUGUGGAAAAUACAGAAAGUGGUAGAUGUGAAAUUCGAGAAUGGCAGGCUGAAGUUUGAAGAUAAAAGUUCGUACGUGGAGUCGAGUACUAAAGAAUAUGAUAAUUUGGCGUUCAAGUACCUUUCGUGGCUGUGUUUCCCACUUCUGUUUGGUUACAGACGUUAUGUCUUGUAUACUUUCAGUACAUAUGCCCUGCUGUAUAUGGAGCACAAAGGUUGGUACUCGUUCGUCCUGGACAUCCUGUACGGGUACCUUUUGACCUUCGGCUUCAUCAUGAUGACGCCGCAGUUGUUUAUCAACUAUAAGCUGAAAUCUGUCGCGCAUCUGCCGUGGAGGAUGUUGACGUACAAGUUUCUAAACACUUUCAUAGAUGAUAUGUUCGCAUUCGUUAUCAAAAUGCCCACCAUGUACAGACUAGGUUGUUUCCGUGACGAUAUAGUAUUCCUGAUCUUCCUUUACCAACGUUGGAUCUACCCAGUAGACAAGAAGAGAAUGAACGAGUUCGGAUUCAUUGCCGAACCGGAACCAACGCCUAACGGGGCUAUUGAAGCUCUAAAAGAAGGCCCUUCAACAGAAGAUACUCCAAAGGAAGACGCGCCCAAACAGCCUGUUGAGUCGAAGAAGAGUCAGUAACAAGACUUCCUAUUUGUAGUACAGAUAUUUAACUACGUGUGUGUGCUACCCGUCACAAUUUCUAGCUAUAUUGAGUUUUUUGUUUUGAAAUAAACUCGGAUAUUCCAUUAUUAUUUCUGAAAGCACCAAAGAAUCACCGGUUUUCCUAUGUUUCCGAAUUUAUUGCAUUCCUUUACAGACGAUAAAGCAAAGUCGUUCUUUGCUGAUUAUUCUCAAAAUAAUACGUGAAGCGUAUUCUCGUGAAUAAUAGAGGUAUGUCUAUUAGGAAACCUGAAUAAAUGAACAUCCAUCCUAAAAAAAGAUAGAAGGUUUGAAAAUCGAAAUAUAUUCUCAAAACGUAUUCUUCCGUUAUUAAGAGCUAAGAGGACAACAUUUGUGCAUCUGGUUCUGCAAAAUCAUAAUAAAGACCUACUACACUAAUGGAGCAAAAUAAUGUGGUACGUCCUUUUUUUAGAUUUUUGAAGAAUGUUUUCAUUUUUUUUUUUUGUAAAAAAUUCAUUUUUUGUGCAUUUUAUCGUGCAUUUUUUCUUCAAUCUUAACUGUUAACAAAUAUAAGGACAGCUCUGAAAUUGUGUGUGAAUUCUUGAAAACCCAACUUGCUGUGAGACGAGGCAGACAUUUCUGGACUCAGGCCAGACGUUUGAAGCUUUGAAAUGAUUCUCUUAGAAUUCCAAUAUGACCAUUUUUACUGAGAUACGGCAUUUAAAAGCAUCGCUAAAAUACACAGUUUUUAUUUGAUCCCUUAAUUUUUCCAUUAGUGCUUUUUAUUAUGAUUUCACGAAACUAUAUUCACGAAAUUUUUUCCUUUUAGCGCUUAUUUAAGUGACAUGUUCCUUUUUUUAGAUUUUUUUCAACUUUCUGCUUGCAGCAGUAUUCUAAAUCCUUUUCAUCUGUCAUAAUUUCAUGGUGUGUAUACAGAUGACUAAAAAACAAUGUUUUCAUUUUUUUUCUAUCAAAAGAUGUAUUUUUUGUGCAUUUUAUCAUGCAUUUUUUCUUCAAUCGGAACUGUUAACAAAUAUAAGGACAGCUUUGAAAUUGUGUGUAAAUAUUCCUCUUUUAUGGAAGAAUGAAACGAGUGAUCACUUUUGUUCUUAUCACUUUUCCUUUUCGAAAAAUCUUUGCUUUUCUUGAAAACCCAACUUGCUGUGAGACGAGGCAGACAUUUCUGGACUCAGGCCAGACAUUUGAAGCUUUAAAAUGAUUCUCUUGGAAUUCCAAUAUGACCAUUUUUACUGAGAUACAGCAUUUAAAAGCAUCGCUAAAAAUACAGUUUUUAUUUGAUCCCUUAAUUUUUCCAUUAGUGCUUUUUAUUAUGAUUUUACGAAACUUUAUUCACGAAUUUUUUUCCUUUUAGUGCUUAUUAAAGUGACACGUUCCUUUUUUAAGAUAUUUUUCAACUUUCUGCGAGCAGUAUUCUAAAUCCUUUUCAUCUAUGAUAAUUUCAUAGUGUGUAUACAGAUGACUAAAAAACAAUGUUUUCAUUUUUUUUCUGUCAAAAGAUGUAUUUUUUGUGCAUUUUAUCAUGCAUCUUUUCUUCAAUCGGAACUGUUAACAAAUAUAUGGACAGCUCUGAAAUUGAGUGUGAAUAUUCCUUUUUUAUGGAAGAAUGAAACGAGUGAUUACUUUUGUUAUUACCCUUUUCCUUUUCGAAAAAUUUUUUCAUUUCUUGAAAACCCAACUUGCUGUGAGACGAGGCAGACAUUUCUGGACUAAGACCAGACAUUUGAAGCUUUAAAAUGAUUUUCUUAGAAGUCCAAUAUGACCAUUUUUUACUGAUUUUUCAACUUAUAGUUUCAUGGUGUGAAUAGAGAUUACUAAAAAACAAUGUUUUCACUUUUUUGUCAAAAAAUGCAUUUUUUUGUGCAUUUUUCCUUCUAAAGGAACUUGUUUAAAAAUCUACGUACAACUCUGAAAUUGACUGUGAAUAUUCCUCUUUUAUGGAAGAAUGAAUCGUGUGAUUACUUUUGUUCUUAUCACUUUUCCUUUUCGCAAAAUCUUUGCCUUUCUUGAAAACUCAACUUGCUGCGAGACGAGGCUUCAAGAAAAGCGAAGAUUUUUUGCCAUUGCAAUUUUUGUUUAUCUUUAUUUUGGUCCAUGGUCUUGGAAAACCGUUUGAAUGGCUCAGUGGAAAAAUUUUUUUUGUUCACAGUACUUCCUAGGAUUGCGUAGAACCUCUAGCUUCAGAAAUUUCUGGACUAAUACAAGACAUAAGCUUUAAAAUAAUUCGCUUAGAAUCCCAAUACGACUAUUUUUUACUGAGACACAGCAUUUCAAAGAAUCGUUAAAAAUAUACAGUCUUUAUUUGAUCCUUUAAUUUUUUCCAUUAGUGCAUUAGGCGUUUAUUAUGACUUUAAUGAACCAUAUUCACGAAACUUUUUCCUUUUAGCUUUUAUUAAGGGACGAAUACGUUUUUAAGAUAUAUUUCGAUUUUCAAACAUACUGUAUAAAAACUAGAUUUUCAUGCAGGUAAUCCAGGGAAUCAAAGCAUUUUAUUUAUUUCAAGAUCUGGUAGUAUACAUAUAUAGCGCUAAUUGUUAUUGCACCGUCAAUAAUGUGUAUGUACAUGGUAAUAAUAAUUGAGGAUGAAUUGUAUCAUCUACGAUCUAUGAGAUAUAUUAUGUUAUUUUUUGUUAUUUGUGCAGAAGCAGUAUUUAAUUGUGUCGAUCAAAAUCGAUUUGAAAAUAAAGACUUUAUUGUGGAA